AUGCCUCCUCCUACCGCCACCCAGAAGCCCACCGCUCCCGCCCCUGCCAAGAAGGACGGCGAAGACAAAAAGUCCACCCAGCUCACCAAGCCCGACCAGUCAAAGUACAAUGCUGAGCAGGACACUAUCAACAAGGAGAUCGCAGAGGUCAAGACCAAGCUCGACGCUAUUCGCUCCCGGAUCGCCCUCUCCCAAGCCCCCACCUCCAACGACAGACGUUCCGCCAUCAAGAGCGAGCUUGACUCUCUCCGAGGCGAGCAGGCCAAGUUCAGGGGCGACAGGAACAAGCUCUUUGAGGACAUGAAGCGCCUGCAGGAGAGUGUGCAAAAGAAGAUCAAGGAGGUGCAGGGGUCUAGGGGCAAGCUUGUUUACAGGACUGUGUCCGAGGUCGACGCUAGGAUCGAGGAGCUUGACGGACAAGUCGAGUCUGGUAACUUGAAGCUCGUUGACGAGAAGAAGGCCCUCCAGGAGAUCUCCAACCUGAAGCGAUCCCGAAGGACCCUCGAGGCCAAUGGAUCCAUUGAUGACAGCAUUGCCGCCGACAAGGCCCGAAUCGAAGAUCUCAAAAAGCAGCUCGACGACCCCGAGGCCAAGAAGCUCAGUGAGAGAUUCGAUGAGCUGAAGAAAGAGAUGGACGGCUUGAGAGAGGACAGUAGCAAAGCGUACGAAGAGCGGGGCAAGCUUUUCGAUGAGAGGAACGCUCUCUCCGCCGAGAUGGAUGAGCUGUACAACAAGAAGCGUCAGUCUGCUCAAAAGUACAGGGAAAGUAACGACAAGUACUAUGCCAAGGUCCAAGCCGACAGACAAGCCCGUCAAGAGCGUUUCAAGGCCGACAAGGCCCGUGAGGAGACCGAGCGACGCGAGGAGGAGAUUGUCCGUCUCCGUGAGGAGGCCAAGAUUCCCGCUUAUGCUUCCGAGAUCGACGACACUGGCGUUCUGAUCAGCUGGUUCAAGGGAAAGUAUGGCUCUGGCGAAGUCCCUUCUACCCACGCUGGCGGUAAAGGUGUCAGCAACGUCGUGGAAGGUGUCAAGCCUCUGGAGACCCGAAAGGUCGAUGACGAGGCUUUCAAGGGGAUGACUUUGAAGAAGAAGGGUGAAGACGACCUUGCGGGCUUCUUUGGUGGUAGCGGAAAGAGCAAGAAGAAGGGGGGCAAGAAGGGCAGCACAAACGGAAGCGGUACCGCUACCCCAGUUAGCCAGGACGGCGAGAAAUCAGGCAAGGAGGCUGCCGUCAACCUCCCCAUGUCGCUCUUGAGCGCUCUCUUGAGCUUGGGUAUCCCCCCUCCCAGUGGAAAGGAUGAUGUACAGAGGACUGUCGAUGACUUGGAGAAGAAGAAGGCUUGGUUCGAAGCCAACUCUGCUGCCAAGACAAAGGCUGAGAUCGAGCGAGUGGAGAAGGUCGUGGCCAAGCUCCAGAAAAAGAAUGCUGUGGCUGUCGACGAGGCUUCUGCUGAGAUUUCCGAGAAGGGUGGUCUCCACGAGCCUUUGCACACUGUUGCCGUUGAGGGUUCUGCUUCUGGUCCCGAAAACGUUCUCGAUGAGGGAGAACAGCUUCCUACAAAUGCCGGCGAAGCCAGCGAGGUCAAGAAGGUGGACUCUAAACUCGAAGAAGCCAAGGAGACUCUUGAGUCUGAGGAGUAA